AAAUGACUAAUCUGAUCGUUUUAAUCAACCUUGUGUUAGCAAACAUGUAUUUGUUUGACCACGGUUACGUAGUGUGUGCUGUCAUGACCACAAUAAUGCAGGGAUAUGAUAACUCUCUGGGGAAUAACUGCAGCUCGGUUGACCGCUUAUUUAUAGCUUUUUAGCUUCUAAAUUAAAUAUAAUGCCAGUAAAGUUUUGUAUCUCUCUCUCUAACAAAUUUACAGACAAGUGAAACAAUUCACAAUAACUGUAAUGCUGUAUCUUUUUUUUUUUUUUUUUUUUUUUGAGUCUUUACUAUGAAGAGUCUAAUGCUAGUUAGCUAACAACCUGCCGGAUUUCGUAUCAUUUACUGACAUCCGGUGUCGCAAACCGCACAGUGCUGGGCUAUGUGAUGACUCGUUCGUAAACGAGUCGACUCUUUGAGAUGACUCACAAAAUUGUUUUUGUUUAUUUAGAUUUUUUUUUAUAUUGUUCUUUUGUCAAAGUGUAGAGUAAUAUAUUACUGAGCAGUUUAAGCUAUAGAUAGGCAAAGAGCUUUAUCAAGUUUGAUAAACCUGGCAAGGAGUCACUUGGGAGUCGAAAGAGUCGGCUCCUGUUGGUGAGCUGAGCCGAUUCCUCUGACUUACUUCAUAAUAAUAACAAUCAUUCGCUCACUUUCAUUAACUGCUUCAUCCUGAUCUUGGGUUGCGGUGGAUCCAGGAACAUUGGGCGUGAGGCGGAAAUACACCCUGUAUGGCAUACCAGUCUAUUCCUGGACACCAUGCACACACACAUUCUUACACUCAUUCACACCUAGAGGCAAUUGAUCUUAAGCAAUCCACCCACUGGCAUGUUUUUUUAGGAGCUGGGAGGAAUCCCAUGCGGACAGAACGUGUUCAGAAACGCUGCACAGACAGUCACAGCCCUGAGCUCAGGAUUGAACCCGGGACCCUGGAGCUGUGAGGCAGCAGCACUACCCACUGCAUAAUAACAUUCAUAUCAUUUUAUUUAGAAGCAGUUAUCAGGGUUCCCAGGACACUGUGUUGUUACAUCAAGGAUAUAAAACCAUGCACACCAUAUUUAUAUUUAAAAUUAAAUAAAGGAAAAGGCUAAAUGAAUAAAGCAAUAAUAAAACUAAAAGAGAAAAGAAUACAAAGUAAACGCAUGCUUUUCUAUGAGACAAAACACACAGCAAACUAAAAUGUAGAAGGCGCAAUGAGACAGGAUGCAAAUGAGUCAUUGGGAUGGUGGAAAAUGUGGGUUUAUUGUUAUUUUUUACAAUAUGGAAGCAUGGGAUUGGAGAGGAAGAAGGUUCCACAGGUUUUGAGGGCAGUCAAGAAAUUUCCAUCAUAAUGUUGAUGAUGUUGAUGGCUAUGACUGAAUGACUGUUGCAGUCACUUAUACAGCAGAUGCUUUUAUUCACAUUGCUUUAAAUCUGUGGUACAUAUCAACUGCAGUCACAAGUGCCAGUGAACAUACUGUGUAAGGGUGCUCCGAUAAUCGCUUUGGGAAGUUUGAUCGGCGGUCUCUAUAAAAGCCGAUCCAGAAUGGCCGAUCAGAUGACGCAAAACUCGCGAGACAAAUUUUUACGCGCUGCUAAUAUGGCUUCACUGGCCUGGCAAUUCUACAAGGUGUGUAAAAAAGACAAUACAUUAGCGAUCUGUAACGUGCAAAUCCCACGAGGCGGGAAGCACCCAAAACAUUUCAACACCACCAACCUUAUCACACAUUUGAAGGUUAUUCACGUAAAAGAAUAUGAGCAGUUUUCAAAGUUGACUAGCGCUAAGAGAGAGCGGGACAGUUCAGCAACUCAGGCGCCACUCACUCAGCUGUCGGUAACAGAGACAUUUCAAUGACAGAAACCCUACUGCAAGGACAGUAAGAAGCAUAAAGAAAUAUCACACAAAAUAAUGGAAUUCAUAUGCCUUGAUCAUCAGCCACUGUCUAUUGUGGAAGACGAAGGGUUCCGGCGACUCAUGUCCUACUUGGAUUCACGUUACACUAUGCCAGGGCGUAAAUAUUUCACUGAUGUGUGCCUGCCGCAGUUAUACCAAACAGUGUUUACACAUGUCGACAGCCUUAUGAAGGACAACAUAACAUCAAUUAGUUUCACGAGUGACAUUUGGAGUGCGAGUGUAUGUCCCAUGUCCAUGUUGAGCCUCACUGCACAGUUUAUUAAUCAAAACUUCGAACUACAAAAAGUUGUUCUUCAUUCUCAAGAGUUUUCAGCGUCACACACCGCGGAGGCGCUUGCUGCUGCAUUCAGCGACAUGUUUCGUGCAUGGGGAAUCCCAAAAGAAAAAGUGCAUGUUAUUCUAAGGGAUAAUGCAAAGAACAUGGAAAAGGCCAUGAGGGACGCCAAUCUACCCAGCCUGCCGUGCUGAGUUAUGGGAGUUAUGUCACAACGCAGCAUCGCUGAUAUAAUUGCCUCGGAAAGACGCAUCAUCGGUCAUUUCAAACAUUCCCUCCUUGCCAACUCCCGACUUCAAAGUAUUCAGAAACAGCUGGGUCAGCCUAUCAAGAGACUACAGCAAGAUGUACCUACCAGGUGGAACAGUACUGUAUACAUGCUGCAGAGUCUGCUGGAACAGAAACGUGCCCUAUGUGCUUAUGGAGCUGACUAUGACUUACCCUCCAUGUUCACCGAAAGCCAGUGGAAAUUAGUGGAAAAUAUGAUUUCGUUACUCGCCCCAUUUGAAGAGCUCAUGCAACAGAUCAGCUCAUCAACUGCAUCGGCUGCAGAUGUUAUACCAUCCAUCAGAGCUUUAACUCGUCUUCUUGAGAAGACUGCAGAGACUGACCAUGGUGUAAAAACUUCGAAAGCCACGUUGUUGGAAGCGAUCCAUAAAAGAUUCUGUGACAUUGAAUAUGAGCGCCUGUAUAGCAUCGCUACAAUCCUCGAUCCGAGGUAUAAAGACAGAUAUUUCCCUGACGCACUCAAGCCCCAGAUACAUGGGCUGCUUUGUGAUGUCCUGGCCACUGGACUGGAGCAGCAGGAUGGUGAGGAGAGUUUGGCUGCAAGUGAGUCCGAACCCCCAGACAAAGUACCACGAACUGGCUCCUUGCAUGCUAUGUAUGCUGAGUUGUUGGAUGGAGAUCGGGAACAUGGUGGCAGUGACAUCAGCAGCUCAGUAUCGUUGCAGUUGUACCUCUACCUAUCAGAGCCAGUUAUCCCACGAAGUGGACAGCCACUUGUUUUUUGGCAGAGCAAUAAAAGCCGCUUUCUAGCUCUUGUACAAGCAGCACAAACCUACCUCUGUGCCCCGUGCACAAGUGUUGAUAGCGAGCGACUUUUUAGCACAGCAGGAAAUAUUAUAGAUGAGAAGAGGAACAAGCUGUCAGCCAAAAAUGCGGAGAUGCUUAUAUUUAUAAAGAAAAAUCUGCCAUUGAUGCUUAAGAAGUAAGCUUUGGGCGAUAUUAGUCUACUACUUUGUACCCACCCUCUCUCUUUCUCUACCUCACUCUCCCUCUCUCUACCUCUCUAAAAGCCCACAAAAUCUGACUGAGCUUCCCAGAAGAAAAAACAACUACUCCAGAAUUUAUCAUUGAUUCAUGAUGCAAAAGCCAUCGUGAUAAUGCAGCUGUGGUUCUGUUAGUGUCAACUGCAUUUCUUCUUGACAUCCCGAGAGAUGUGAUCUAAUUUUAUUUAUUUUUUAUAUAUUGUAUUUGUCAAGCUCUAAGCUGUUCCCAGUUACUAACCAAGCACAGGCUGCAAUGUUUUGUUGAUAUGUUGCACAUGUUGUAGGCCAAUAAAUACACAGUUGUCAAAUCAUGAUACUAUCUCUUCUCUUAAUUUUAACACUUAAUACACAUUAUUGUUAAAUAUAGUUUAAUAAAUAAUGCUACUUGAUAAAUAGAAGGCUUCUAAUAGACCCUGUAAUCGGUGAUUGGUAUCGGUAUCGCUAUCGGACGAUUCAGCUUUCAGCGAUCGGAGAUCGGCCCCAAAAAUCCUGAUCGGAGCACCCCUAAUACUGUGUGUGGUGUCUGUGUCUGACUGCCUUAGGGAAACCCAAUCGUAAUGUGAGGCGUCCCUCAGCAUUCUUGAUGUAGUUUGUAUUGCUGGACUUCAGAGGUUUGAAUAUUGGCUGCAGCAACGCCCAGAUGGAUUUGAAUGCAUUGAAUCUGGAGUUGUGGCUUCUUAAUCAGUUUCACGCUUAACACACACAACAGUUACAAAUAUUGUUCUGCAUUAUUGUUUUCUAUGAAUUGAAUGUUAAAAUCACUGUGCCUACCAAAUUGUAUGGGUGACUCGCAAGUCAUCUAGGUAGGAUUAUUUUGAAGAUAAUAUUCUUUUUCCUGACAUCUAUGUAUCUUAGAAGGUAUCAGUAUCAGUAUUCAGGUUGGCCAGAGCAGUACCUACUGGCUUAUUGCAUACAGAUACCGCAGUAUAUCUUAGGUGAUGUUUCACCUUGUUUUGGCAUCUUGAAUAAUUCUGGCCCAUCAGUCAGCUUCUGCAUCUCAACAAAUGCACUUUAUUAGGAACACCUGUACAAUUGUGUGGCAGCAGUGCAAUGCAUAAAAUCAUGCCGAUACGGGGGCCAGAACCUUUGGGUAAUGUUCAUUAACCAUCAGAAUGGUGAAAAAUGUGAUCUCAGUGAUUUUGACCAUGGCAUGAUUGUUGGUGCCAGACAGGCUGGUCUGAGUAUUUGAUUAAGUACUGACCUCCUGGGAUUUUCACACACAGUCAAAACAGUCUUUAGAGUUUUGUCGGAACGGGGCAAUAAAACAUCCAGUGAGUGGCAGUUCUGUGGACAGAAACACCUUGUUGAUGAGAGAGGUCAAUGGAGAAUGGCCAGUCUGGUUCAAGCUGACAGAAAGGCUACAGUAGCUCAGAUAACCACUCUGUACAAUUGUGGUGAUCAGAAAAGCAUCUCAGAAUGCACAACACGUGAAACCUUGAGGCAGAUGGGCCACAACAGCAGAAGACCACGUCAGGUUCCACUUCUGUCAGCCAAGAACAGAAAGCUGAGGCUGCAGUGGGCACAGGCUCACCAAAACUGGACAGUUGUAGACAGGAAAAAUGUAGCUUGGUCUGAUGAAUCUCAAUUUCUGCUGAGGCACACAGAUGUUAGGGUCAGAAUUUGGCACCAGCAGCAUGAAUCCAUGGACCCAACCUGCCUGAAGUCAACAGUCCAGGCUAGUGGAGGUGGUGUAAUGGUGUGGGGAAUGUUUUCUUGGCACACUUUGGGCCUGUUAAUACCAAUCAACCAAUCAAUCAAUCAAUCAAUCAAGUGCUUGAAUACCACAACCUAUUUAAGUCUUGUUGCUGACCAUCUGCAUCCCUUCUUGCCCAAAAUUUACCCAUCUUCUAGUGGCUAAUUCCAGCAUGAUAAUGCACCAUGUCACAAAACAAAAGUCGUCUCAAAAUAGUUUCAUGAGCAUGAAAAUGAGUUCAGUGUUCUUCAGUGGCCUUCCCAGUCACGGGAUCUGAAUCCAGUGGAACACCUUUGGGAUGUGGUACAGCAGGAGAUUCACAGCAUGAGCUGGAGAUUUGCAGCAUGAUUUGCAGCACCUUAAAAGUCUGCGGGAAUUGCGUGAUGCAAUCAUGUCAACAUGGGCCCGAAUUUCGAAGGAAUUUUCCAACAUCUUGUGGAAUUCAUGCCACGAAGAAUUGAGGCUGUUUUGAGAGCAAAGUGCUCAGUGAGUGUAUGUUAACCUAUCCAUCUUUGGACUGGGUGAUAUGACCAAUAUAUCAUAUCACUACAUUUUUUUACAAUACAGAAAAAAGGGAUUUGUUAAAGAGAUUAAAAUUAUCCAUCAAGAUUAUAUGAAUAUCCAUGUUUUGCUUUAUUUAAAGUGACCCUUUUCUGCCAGCUUGUACGCACAUUAUUCUGACUAGUUUAACUUUCCAAUAUUGUUAGCAUUAAUCCUACAGCACAACAAAAUGUUCUGUAAUGUUUCUAAUAAUUUUAAAUAAUUGGUAAAGUCAGUGAGGUAGUAUUAGAUAUAAUAGUUGGAUUAUCACACACUAUUUGUAUCUGUAUCCUGUCUGUUAAUAUUUCUCUCCUCACACAAAAACCCUGGAACUGAAAAUCACUUUGAAGAAUUCUGGGAGCGUAUGAUAGAGACUGAUCUGAUGUCAGGUGUGAUCAAAGUUCUGAUGGCUAAUUUCCAUUUCUGAAGGGAAAAGUUUCCUGCAAUUCACUUUUCAUAUUUCUCUGCUUUUCGUGUAUCAUCUGUUUUAUUAAUAGUACAUCUCAUUGAAUUUCUAAAUGUGUUACAGUGGACCGGAUCCUACGGAAAGACAGAGUGACAGAGAUCCUCUCUCUCUCCCUCUCCCUGUCUCUCUCUUUUACACUCUCUCUC